AUGGGGGCAGAGCUUCCAGAGACUAGCCAGUCGGUUUCAGAGGGGACUGAGAAACCAGCUGUUGUCACCCCUCCUGAUCAUACUACUAAAGAAGAAGAGGCCGAACAAGAUGCGAAGCUACAUCCCGAGCGAGAAGCGGCUUUCAAGGACUACCUCCGAGUCUUUAGUUAUGCUCGAGGAUGGGAUCUCCCUCUUUUUGCUCUAGCUGCCGUGGCGGCCGCAGGAGCAGGAGUUACUCUCCCAUUAGUUAAUAUUAUCUUUGGCAGGCUUGUCAACCAGUUCAACGGCUACUUCCUCGAUCCACCAACACUUACUCGUCCUGAGUUUCAAGCUUCGCUGAAUAGACAAGCACUAUAUCUCUUCGUGAUUUUCUUAGCCAGAUUCACCCUGGCUUACCUUAACAAGUUCGCAUACCGUAUGAUAGGCAUUCGGAUGUCAGCUGCCAUUAGACUUGAUUACUUGCGUUCCCUAUUCGGUCAAACCAUUCAUGUACUCGACUCUAUGCCUCCGGGCGCAGCAGCGGGAACCAUAACAACAACUGCAAACACUUUGCAGCUUGGUAUCUCCGAGAAACUUGGUACACUCAUCGAGUAUACGUCUACUAUUAUCGCCGCCAUUAUCAUUGCCUACACUUACAGCUGGUCCCAGGCCCUCGUUACUAGCUCCGUUAUCCUAUUUAUUAGCUUGGUCCUAGGUGUAGUGGUGCCAUUUGUUCUCAAGGGUACCGGACGGCUCACUAGAGCUGAGACAAAAGCCUCUGCCAUAGCCAGCGAGGCAUUCUCAUCCAUCAGGAUGGUCACUGCUUGUGGUGCCGAGGACAGGAUGGCGAAACGAUUUGCUGUCUGGGUUGCUGCCGCCAAGAGACAUGGACAGAAAACAUCACCUUUCCUGGGUCUCCAGUUUGGUCUCAUUUUCUUCUCCAUUUUCGCGACAUUCGGCCUUUCCUUUUGGUUCGGUACGAAAUCUUUUCGUGAGGGCCGCAUUGGUGAUGUAGGUACUGUCACCGUUGUACUCUUUUCCGUGUUUCUACUCGUCUUCUCCUUAGAGCGAAUCUCGACUCCACUUAUCGCUAUUGGUAAAGCCACAGUGGCCGCGUGCGAGUUCUUUAUUGUUAUCGACGCACCUCGGCCCAUCCAGGGAGAGCUAAAAGAGCCCGACGUCUCCGCAAGUAACGAUAUUGUCUUCAAGGAUGUCGACUUUGCCUACCCUAGUCGACCGCACGUCAAGGUCUUGGAUGAGCUUAACCUCACUAUUGAAGCAGGGAAGCUUACAGCCAUUGUUGGUCCUUCAGGCUCAGGAAAGAGUACCAUUGUUGGACUGGUAGAACGCUGGUAUACCCUCCAUGAUCAGCACAUUAUCGCCAAGGCGAUCGAUAAACAGGCGAAGAAGGCAGAAGAAAAGAAGAAAAACAAGAAGAAGAAUAAGAAGAAGUCAACGAACCCUGAAGACGAAUCAGAUGACGAUGAACCCCAACCCGAGCCAGAGUCUACGGGCGCUGCUAUUGAACUGAAGGGCUCCAUAUCGACUUGUGGCCAUGAGCUCGACGACAUGCAGCUAAAGUGGUGGCGAUCUCAGAUUGGCCUUGUGCAACAGGAACCUUUUCUCUUUCACGAUACUGUAUACAAAAACGUCGCUUAUGGUCUGAUUGGCUCGGGAAUGGAGAAUGAAACCGAGGAACGGAAAAAGGAACUGGUCAGGGAGGCUUGUAAGGAAGCAUUCGCAGAUGAAUUCAUUGAUCGACUUCCCGACGGCUACGAGACUAUGGUUGGAGAUAACGGGAUGAAACUCUCUGGAGGGCAACGCCAGCGAAUCUGUAUUGCUCGAGCCAUCAUCAAGCGACCUAAGAUUCUCAUUCUCGACGAAGCAACAUCGGCAAUCGAUGUACGUGGAGAGCGUAUCGUUCAGGCUGCACUAGAUCGGGUCUCGCAGGGUCGAACCACCAUCACUAUUGCGCAUCGUUUAUCUACAAUCAAGAAGGCCGAUAGAAUUGUUGUGCUGAAGAAAGGCAAGGUCGUUGAAUCAGGGAACCACGAGUCCCUACUUCAGAACGACAAAGGUGUUUACUAUGGACUUGUUCACGCACAACAGCUCUCGCUCGGUGAGCCCACUGAUGCCAGUGACUCUGAAGAACCAGAAGAGGAAGAUAUUGCGGCUAUUCUCACCCGAGAGAAGAGCGCUGCUGUGUCAGAUAUGGCAGAUGAGUCAAAGCCAGAAGGCUGGAAGAAUCGGGGCUUAAUUGGUAGUUUCGGCAAGCUGCUAUAUGAGCAGCGUAGUCGAUUCCCUAACUAUUUUGUUAUUAUUGUAGCAGCUGCAGCUGCAGCAUCCAAUGCACCGCUACAGGCGUGGCUAUUUGCGAAAAUCAUUGUAGUCUUCCAGUACAUCAAUGACUUGCCCAAAUUCACUUCAGAGGCUAACUUCUGGUCUUUGAUCUGGGUUAUUCUGGGUAUUGGCGUCGGCAUCUCUUACUUUACUCUUACUCUCAUAUCUACCCGUCUAGCCUAUCACGUGUCUUCGACCUAUAGGCAGCAGUACUUUGAGGGUAUAUUGUACCAAAAGACCUCAUUCUAUGACGCAGAAGAGAACUCGGCCGGGACCCUCACUGCUAGGGUCGGAGGUGAUCCUAAACAGUUGGAAGAGUUGCUCGGAGUAAACAUGGCACUGGUGUACACGUCAUUCUUCACUUUGAUCGGCGCUCUUGCUAUUGCUUAUGCCUUUGGGUGGAAACUUGCCUUGGUGGCCACGACUGUCACUGCACCAAUUGGUCUGCUUGCCGGCUAUUACAGAUUCAAGUAUGAACUAGAGUUUGAAAAGAUGAAUAAUGCCGUGUUCGCCGAGUCUUCGCAAUUCGCUGCCGAAGCAAUUGGCGCCUUCCGAACCGUCUCAUCUCUUACCCUCGAGGAUACGAUUACUACUCGCUACGAAGGCUUGUUAAUGGGCCACGUAGGAGAGGCUUUCCGAAAGGCAACCUGGAGGACUCUCAUUUUCGCCUUCUCUGAUAGCGUAGGUCUUGCUGUGCAGUCUUUGAUCUUUUGGUACGGCGGUACUCUUUUGGCUUCGCGCGAGUACGGUAUCCUGAAUUUCUUCGUUUGUUACAUCGCAGUUAUCCAGGGAGCCGAAGGCGCUGGUCAAGGGUUCAGUUUUGGUCCGAAUGCAGCGCAGGCUACGGCCGCAGCUAACCGUAUCUUAAGCAUCCGUGAGUCGCGCAACAGAGACAGAGACAUCAACACAGCGCAGAUUCCCGACGCCGAGGGUGGUGUUAAAAUUGAACUGAAGGAUGUGCAUUUCAGGUAUCCCUCCAGAAAUAUUUCGAUCUUCAAAGGAAUCAAUAUCACCAUCGAAAAGGGGCAAUUUGCUGCACUUGUGGGCGCCUCCGGUUGUGGAAAGACGAGCAUUAUCUCCCUGCUAGAGCGUUUUUACGAAGUUCCCCGUGGCCAGAUUCUCGCUAAUGGAACCGAUAUCUCCACGUUGGAUGUCUUUGAAUACCGUAAGAAACUGUCACUCGUGGCGCAAGAGCCGACUCUGUUUCAAGGGACAUUGCGCGAGAAUAUUCUUCUCGGUGUGAACCCUGAUUUGAUUUCGGAGGAGCAGUUACAUGCCGUGUGUCGCGAUGCCAGUAUCCAUGACUUCAUCAUCUCGUUACCUGAUGGCUACAAUACCGAAAUCGGCAGUCGUGGUGUAUCGUUGUCCGGCGGCCAGAAACAGCGUAUCGCCAUUGCGCGUGCACUCAUCCGGCAACCUAGCAUCUUAUUGCUUGAUGAGGCCACCAGCUCUUUAGACUCGGAGAGUGAGAAACUAGUGCAGGCAGCCUUUGAACGCGCCGCAUAUGGCCGGACUAUGGUCGUCGUCGCUCACCGUCUUGCCACCGUGCAGAAUGCCGAUGUCAUUUUCGUCCUCGGCGAAGGAAAAGUGCUUGAGCAAGGUUCACAUGUCGAGCUCCUGAAGAAGAGGGGCGUCUACUGGAAUAUGUGCCAGAGUCAAGCUCUGGACAGGUGA